UGCCCCGCCCGUCCGGGGCCGCUGGCGCCGCCACACGGGUGCCGCGUCGGGGCCCGGCUGUGUCGCGGAGCAGGACGGGCGGCGGGGUGACCCUCAAAGACCACAGGUCGUGCCGAGCCACCCCUUUCCUGCCGCAGCCAGACGGCUUUAGAUGACUUUGAUGAGCUUGUGGUGAGUAACGAUGAUGUUGUGCUCAGAAAUAUCGCUGAAGAUUUGCGGAAUCGUUUACCCAUCGAGGCAAUGUUUACUUCAGAACAUCAGGCUCUUCAGAAAAUACACCAGCAUCCACUGCCCAUGAUUCAUGUUGAUGCAUUCCUUUAUGAUGAUGAUGUUGUUGAUUCAUUGUGUGAGGAGGGAAAAAUGAGUAGGAGCUACUGCACAGAGUGUGGCUCAUACAAAACUGCAUCUUUAGAGUUUAUUUCGCAUUCCUUUUCUCUCAUGGAACUGAAGUUUCUUUAUCAACAUGUACUGCCUGACCUGACAGGAAAGGUAGUGGUUGACGUUGGCUCCAGGCUGGGUGCAGUGCUAUUUGCGGGUUAUCUUUAUAGCUCAGCUUCCCAGCUGUAUGGAGUAGAAAUGAAUGCAGACUUUUGCCAGUUGCAAGAAAUGAUGAUUACAAAGUAUGAGUUCAUUGACAGAAUAAAGGUGGUUCAUGCAGACAUCUGUACUCAGCCCUCACUUCUGCAGAAGGCUGAUGUUGUUGUAAUGAAUAAUGUCUUUGAAUAUUUUCUUGACAGACAGGAACAGGCCAGAGCUUGGGAAUUUAUUGCUUGUAAUGUAAGGAGAAGAGGGUCCUUAUUAGUGACAGUUCCAAGUCUUGAGGAAUCACUUUCAAAGCUCCAGGCAGAUGUACAGCUCAGUCAAUGGGUCGAAGAGGUGCAGCUGAACUAUGAUGUGUAUAUGGAAAAGGAUGUUGACAGAGAAGCGCUCGAACAGAUACAUUUAUACAGGAUUCUCUAGGAAAAAUUUACUAGUAGCCUUAUGAUAUAUAUUUUGGACCUAAAAUGAAUUUGGAUUGAUUUGUGUGAAUAAAUAAGG